AUGGGGAACACAAUGAGCAUCCCAGAGGAAACUGAAGAAGACAAUACAUGCACAGUAAAGAGCUAUCAGGCUCUGUCUGAGUCUCCUGACAACAUUAAAAAUGGAUCUGUUGCUUUUGUUCAGACUCAUUCUCCUACAAUGAAUGGUGAAGUGGCUGCAAAGGCAAGUGUUUCAGGGGAUAAUGUGGCCGUUUCUUCCUCCAAGACAAUGGAGCAGAGCCCCGUUCCCGAGGCGGGCGGGCAGAGCCUUGGGAGAGCUGCCAGGAGAGCUCUGCCAUCUGCUCAAUCCCGCUCUGUCUUCGCCUUUGCAUGGGCUGUACCAGGGCGUACUGAAGAUCCAGCUAGAGAUUCAUCAGUUGGAUCGGCGAGGCUUGAUGUCAGCUCAGAGGCGCCUGCAGCGAACAAAGGGCCAAGUGACAGCCUGGAGGUUCCCGCGGCAGCUGCACGGGAGGAAGGGGCACAUAAAAACCUGAGCCAGGCCCUGCCGCCAGCCUCGCUGGGAGACAUCGAUCUCACAGCAUCAGUGACACCUGAGGGAGAGGGUACGGCCGCCUCAAAGCCAAAAGAAGUAACCUUCUUUGACAGGAUCUUCAAACUGGAGAAGGGAAAGGAAAGCAGUAAAAAGCGGAGUGACCCCCAGGAGGAAAGGCAGACCUCAGACCUUCCCGACAGGCGCAUCACCGUGACAGAGGCUGCAGGAUUACAGAGCACGGCAACCAGCAUCCCGCAGGGGAAGGAGAUAGAUGACUGCAACCAAAAAGACCUACGGCAGGACUCAGCAGGUGUCACUGGUCCCACUGCUGAGCAACCUGAAAAGGCAGAGGUAAAACAAAACAACCCCCAGCCAGCUGCUGCUGCAGACAACUCCGUCAUGAGUUUCCUGAAAACACUGGUCUCCCCAAGCAAAGCUGAAGCCAAAAGUGAUUCUGAAGACAAGGGCUCGAAAGCGGACAAAGGCCAUGGUGGGCACCCUGCUCCGGAGCUGCCGACAGAACCCCAAACUAAAGGAGCCAAGAAAAAGAAGGCAGAGAGUCCCAAGCUAGGACACAGCACAUUUAGCAAACUCUUUAGGCAUAAGGCUGCAAAAGAGACCCAACAGACAACUAAUACCAAAAGCCCUGAGCAGCAGCCUGUUACCUCUGUAAAAUCAGACAAAAAUGUCUCUUCCUCUCAAGAGCCACAGACAACUAAACAGAACACAAAAGCCCCUGAGCCUGCAGCCCAACAGCAGGCAGUGGCCACUGAAGCCAAUAAAGAGGUGAUGAAGGAGAGAGCAUCAUCAGCUCCUAUGCCACUGAGCAAGCUCUUCUGGAAAAAGAACACAGCGGAAGAAGCAGAGAUCAUAAGCAAUGAAAAAGCAGACACGUCUUCAGAAGCGGUGACUCCUGACAAGGAUGAGAGCAAGAGCCCAGAAGCUGCAGAAGUGAAACCUAGAAGAGAAGAAAGUAAAACCCCCAAAGCAAACCUGAGGAAGUUUUUUAAACUGUCAGUCAAGGGUGAUGGAGGAACAAGCAGUUCAGAAGAGGUAAAUGGCUCAAGCCACAGUCACCAAACAUUAAACUCCACAGAGAGGCCAGUUGCCCCAGCUGAAAGUGAACCUGUGGGCCAAAAGAGCAAAGAGAGUUCAAAAGACAAGAAGUCUUCAGUGGUGCUGAGCAAGCAAAAAGGCAGCAAACAGGAAACCAGGGAGCAGCCAGACUCCAGGGAGCAGCCAGCAGCCGAGACCGACUCCAUCCAGAACGGAGGAGACUCUUCGAAGGAACCCUCCUUCAAGAAGACAGAGAAGAGGCAGUCACUCGGAGGGUUUUUUAAGGGCCUUGGCUCCAAAAGGAUGUCUGAUGCUGAAGUGCAAACAGAUCCAGUGUCUAUCCUACCUGCUGGGAAAUCCAAGUAAUGAAUUAACGUGGCUGCUGAAGGAUCAGCAGCUCUCUGCUAGCUCCCUUGCAGUAGAGAUGACUCAUUAUUUUCCUUUUCAUGGCUGUCAUCAAAUGCCUGAGGCUAAAGCAAACACUGGUGUAUCAUUUAAGGUGUAUCAUUUACAGGGUUUGUUCAUUAGAUGUUAGAAAGCAACUCUAAAGAUCAUCAAGCAAUGUGUGGUAUAUUUAAAGAAAGGUCAUGUGGUAGAUUUUAAGUCUAUAGAGGGUAGAGUAUGUAAGGUAAGAAAGUGGCAGCGAAUUAAAGACACAGCAGAAAUAUUGCAUGUGACAAAGGAAUGCAGUUUGUGCAGCAAGGCAUGAGCAACAAAUCCUCAGCUUUCGAGAGCUUUGAAGCAGCCAGGAAAAAAAAAAAUCUCCUUUGAUAAAUGUUAUACUUAAAUGUAAAAACAGCCAAGUCACCUUUUGUGGUUUUCAAUAGAGCUGAAAUUAGCAAAAAGUCUGCAGUAUAAUAGAAUCAGUGGUUAUAAAGUUUUAUUUCAUAUUGGUUAUUAAUGUAAAUUAAAACGCUAAAAUGCAAAGGCUUUACAUGAUUGAGACAACUUCUCUCUUGUCUUGAUGAGGUGGGAUAACAAAUUAAAAUCUAUUUAAGGUUUUAAUAGGAACACAAGGGGGCACCCGCGCCCCCGCCACAGCCCUAACUCGGAGGCUGGAACUACAAUCCUGUUAUUAAUGUUUUUCAUAUGAUAGGAAACUUAGUUGUUUUAUCAUAUAUUUGUUUAUAUCCAUACUUGUAAUUAAUCCUAAUAAAAACCAAAUUCCAGGCUCCUUCCUGCUUCAUAAAACUCCUGUAAUAACUGUAGUUAAUAAAUUUUACAGAAAAUUGCAAUUAGAUUUCUGUGGUUUAUUCAACCCUGGGCCAACCUGGAGGGGGAACUGUGGACCUGAUGUUUUAAUCAACACUAGUAUGUGAAUGAUACAGCAUUGUAUAUUU